AUCACAUCUUCAACCUUCAAGAUCUCUCCUUUUGUCAUCUUCACAUCCUCAUCUCCACCUCUAUAUAUACAUUAUACUCACUCGAUCUAUGAACAUCAAGAAACACAAUUUGAGAAUUUUCGAAAUCUUCUCCCAGUGAUAACCUUUUUAGCUCUCGUUUUAUCAUCUGCACGCUUGAAUAAAUGGCUUCCACACUCUCAUUCACAUCGGCUCUUAGCUCACCUCUCGCUCUAUCUCCUACUUCUUUCUCGUCCAAACCUACUUCGCCUUUCUCUGUCUCGUUUCCACGGAUGGUCCCUGGUAAGAUCAGAGCUCAAGACCACAGAGAAGACUCUGUUGAUGUUGUUCACCAAGGACAGAAAGGGAAUCAAGGAUCUAGUGUGGAGAAAAGACCUCAACGCUUAGCUAUGGACGUUUCUCCUUUCGGAUUGUUGGAUCCUCUGUCACCGAUGAGGACAAUGCGUCAAAUGCUCGACACAAUGGACAGGAUGUUCGAUGACGCUGCCAUGAUCGUCCCAGGAAGAAGCAGAGGAGGAGGAGGAAGCGGAGUUUCCGAGAUCCGUGCGCCUUGGGACAUGAAAGAGGAAGAGCACGAGAUCAAGAUGCGUUUCGACAUGCCUGGCUUAUCCAAAGAAGACGUCAAGGUCUCUGUCGAAGACAACGUUCUUGUGAUCAAAGGAGAACAGAAGAAGGAAGACGAGAAUGAUUCUUGGUCCGGAAGAAGCUUUAGCUCUUACGGUACGCGACUACAGCUACCUGAUAACUGCGAGAAAGACAAGAUCAAAGCUGAGCUCAAGAAUGGAGUUCUGUUUAUCACAAUUCCUAAAACCAAAGUCGAACGCAAAGUUGUUGAUGUCCAGGUUCAGUGAGAAUACAGUAACGUUUUCUUCUGUUUUCUUGUUCUGGUGCUGUCUAUCUAAUCUAAUACUAUAAAGAAGAGCUACUCUCUUCUCUUGAGGUGCCACGUCAUCAAAUAGAUUAUCCUGUGCGUGACAUGUGUCCCGCCUUACUUAAACGCUGCGCAUCAUUAACUCAUUUCGUUCGUUCUGAUUUGGGCUUUAUUCCAUUAAACUGAUAAGUCGAUGUGUUUUGGGCUUCGAGUUAUGUCUUCGCCGUGUCUUCUUCUCUUGGAUACUCCGCCGUCACAAUCAAAAUUCGUAGACACCGCCGUGCUCACUAUCUCCACCAAUUUUAUGUAGAUCGAUUGUUAUCAGAGCAUAUCAUGUUGGAAUCCAUCAUCUGUUUCUUAUCAUCAAUCUUCCUUCUUACCGACAACAGAAAUCUGAAGACGUUACGGAAUUUGGCUGAUUUCAAGCGUCAUCUUGGAACCGUCAUCUUUAAAGCACUCAUUAACAAUCCCUCCUCAAUUACUUCCUUUCUGUGCAUCCUUGACUAUAAAUAGGCGACCCUUAUGCAAGCCAUUGUCACCGUCACCGUCAAGCGGACAGUUCAGAAUCGUCAGCUGCAGAUUUGGUCAUUAAGGCGUUGAAAGAGCCGAAGAGAGACCGUAAAAAUAGUUAAGAACGUUACGCACAAGACUACUAGAGAUAUUCAAGAAGGUGAGAUCAGUAUUCAUGGUUACCAAGGUGAAAAACGCACCCAGAAAAAAAGAUUUUAUGGGAGUUGAAAAGAUGAUAUCUUCUCUUCUUUCAUUUUUAUAUAGGGUGAGCUGUUAAGUUUCUUCACUCAGAAUGACUCAAUUUUUUAUUACGGUUGUAUUGCGUUCCUUCUGCUUAACAAUACCGAUCGAAAGUUAUAUAGAUUUCUUUUAUAGCAUUGUUUUUCUCUUGCUCUCACAUUUAAGCCUUCUCCCGUAAUGAUGCUACUAAUUUCUUUCUCCAGUGAACUAAUAUGAUAUAAUGUGAGCUUUUGUACACUGAGAAAACGUUGAUGUAGUUCGAGAAAAGGAGUAGCAGAGCUAAGGGUCUGACCUUCCACCCCAAAAAAACCAAGAAAUCUCGCCAGUUUCUCAGAGGUGUCAUCCAGCAAUGUUAUUAUCUAAUGGGUUCUUUUGUUUUUACUCCACAGCUUUUCUUCCUCUCAACAGGUAAGAUAGGAAAUCUAUUUACAUGAAAAAACUGCACUCUAUGGAGCUUUACUGGAUUUUUUAUGAUAGAUAGUCCUCCACUCAAAUCAUUGUAAAAAGAUUAUGCUUACGUUCAUAUGUAUGUGUUGAAUAUAUGAAUGAUCUUCUGGAUUCACUAAGUUGUUGAGAUACAUAUAUAUUUUUAUUUUGUUCAUGAUUA